AUGGUUCAACCAACCAUCAAACCACCAGCAAAUAGGAAUACUAGUUUUUUAUUUUUAUUUAAUUUAAUCAUCUUUAUCCUCCUCUCAUCUUCAUUAGUUGGUGAUGUAGAAUGUGUAACAUUUAGAGGAGCCGCUUUACCUCUGAUUGUGUAUCAAUCAGUAGGAGAUGUAUGUUCGGGGACAUUAGUGAUAGGCGUCGAAAGCGCUGAACCCACCCAAACACAAAUCACUCCAUCGGCACUAUUCAACGGUGUCACACAAGAUGCUGGUGCAUCUCCAUUCAUCAAGCUAACAAUCUAUCUAAAGAACAUCCCUCCCACAGGCAACCAACCUAUACCUAUCAAUGUGACAGUUACAUCAACUGUCAAUUCUCUAGUCACUCCAUUUGAAAUAUAUUGUAUUAAAGCAACAAAUGAAAGAUUUGAUAGUUUUAAUUCUUAUUAUCAAGAUAUUGGACAAUUUAGUGUAGCGAUGGUUGGAUCGUUUAGAGGUAGAUUCUUGACCAAACAAACUCAACAAGACUAUGGUUAUUCUUAUACCUUUCCGGGCAAUGACUCUAGUUGUUUUAGAAUACAGGGUCUUUCGGCUGGCUAUGGUGAUCUGUAUCCGAUGAUGCUGAUUGCCGUACCAUCGUUGGCAUGUAAAUACAACUUUUUCAACAAUGUCUCUGUCACUGUCAUUGAUGGGAAUGGUGUUACCAAUGAGUCCUCGGUCACUAUACAAACUAUAACACUAAGAGCCAAGGGUAAUAGAGAUAACUGUACAUUUAUGUCCUAUCGACAAAUUGGCAAUAUUCAACCCACAUACCUUAAAAAUACAUUCUAUUCGUUUGGACAGUUUGUUGGAGACAUGCAUACCUUUAAUACCAACCUACUCUCGUGGGUAGGUCUCUAUGGUCAGUCCCAUGUCAACACCGAACCAAUACCAUUCAUAUCGGCAAUGCAAGGAGUCUAUAUACAAUUUACAACCAUCGCUGCAAAUGGUCAAGCUCUAAUGGCCAUGUCACUCUCUUUAAACAAUCAACCCAAUCUUUUAUCGUACGACUAUCCAUUUGGUAUUUCAGGUUCAAUGAAUAAUCUCACCGAGACUUAUCUAUUGUAUUAUCCAAAUCAAGCAGUCCCACCUGAAUUCACUUGUAAUGCUAAUCAAACUAUUCACAAGGUUAUCAUUCCAAAUAGAUUAAAUACACCAAUUCCAGGUCCAUCAUUACCAAUUAUUAAUGAUUUAAUUAUUAAUAGAAUGAAAACAAAGGUUGUUUUAAUGAUUAGGGCAUCAAGUAUUUAUGGUAUUUUAUCGAUUACAGUGAAUGGAUUGUAUUAUUUGGAAGAGAGACAUUUAGUUAGUGGAAAUAUUACUGAUGGAUGGUUCGAAGCUACACUGGAUUGCUCAACUUUUGUUUUUGUGUCUGAAAAUUCAUAUACUUUUAGAGUGUAUGAUAGAGCGUAUAGACAAGGCAACUACUUUUCAAAUAUGUUUGUACAAACACUUGCAGUCAUUCCAUUUCCCCUCAUUGCCACAGUCAAUGAUAUACAAUCGAUUGUAUUCUCACCAAAUGUAAUCGAUGUCUCUAAUAUGGAUGUACAAGUGACAUUGUCUGUUUCAUUCAAAUCACUCGAUAUUGCCAAUAGACUACCCUCUCCUAUAUUCCUACCAAACAGUGACCAACUCUUAAAUGGGCCACCUUGUCCUCCCGUCUGGAACGAUCGACUCCAACAAUACCAAUUCAACAUUACCGUCCCCAGAAACACAUUUGAAGGUCCUUAUCCCUACACUCUGGUCUUUGAGAGUCAGUACCUCUUGUCGGCCAUCCUCGCUCCUCUUUUUGGACCACAAUCAAUCUUGACCAUCAUCUCACCGGCCGCCGAUAGAGUCUUGCCUUUGAUUACCGACCUUUCACAGGUACUCGAACAAUCGGAUGGACAGUUUAUCAUGUAUUGGAAUUUUACCAUUCAAGAUGAACCAAAUGGGUUUGACCAUGGUAUUGUCAAUGUCACAUCCAACAAGGACUACAAGCCAUACACCUUUGUCAUCAAUCAGUCCACCAGAAAGUCGGGUACCAAGUUUAAUGGAGUGUAUCAGAUUUCACUCACGACUGGCUCUCCAAUGGACCAAACAUUUACCUUUGACAAUGUAGAGCUCUGUGAUACAUGUGGAAAUUGUGGAUCAUCAAGUAAGCCAAUAACUAUGGAUCCAUUGGCAAUGAUUCGAAAUACUGAUCAAUUUGCAGCUGCGAGCAAGUUUGUUUUUAAUAAUAGUCCACUGAGUGGCUCGUCAAACAUUCCAGUGGGAACACUUACUCUGACAAAGAACAAGGUCGAUGUUUCGGGAACGGUUAGUCAACGUACUGUAGGCGUGACACUCACAGUCGUUGAUUUGGAUGGACUUGAAAUGUCUGCUCGUCACACCCCCAUCAUCUAUGUCCAAUCACUCGCAUCCAAACUCACACAACCCAAUCAACCACUUUCGUUUGAGGCAAUUCUUGAUGUGUCACAGGUCGGCUAUGUCUACAAAGCACAGAUUGUCUUACCAUAUGGCUACGGAAACAAAGACUACCCAAUUAUAUUCUCUGCUCAUGGUUUUGCCAACACUAAGCUUACUUUUGGUCAAGCACUCAAUGUAACGUUGGAGCGUGACUUUUUAAACUCGACUAUAUAUAUUGACAGUUGUUCGAUUGCACAAAAUGUAGUCACCGUCAUUGGAAAUAAUUUGUAUGGAGCAACUGCUAUAUUUGACCCACCUAUUAUCAACCUUUUAUCUGAUGAACCACCCUACUGGGUCAUCUUCCAAUCUUCCACGAUGCUACAGAUUAAUAUGACAGCUACCCCCACCCAAACAUUUAAUCUAUUUGCACGUCGUAUCAUUACAUCCAAUGCAUGUCUCAUUAAUGUUCAACAAGCACCAAACAACACAAAUGUAACAUGUCCAUCUAGUUGUGGACCGAAUGGAUAUUGUUCGGGUACAAAUUGUAUUUGCAACCCUGGGUGGAGUGGAGUGACAUGUAUGUCGACCAUUAUCAAUGUCAACACCACAUUUAAUGCUACCAACCCAUCAGUUGAAACAGUCGAUGUAGAUAGUACCAUCAAGAGUAUCAUCUCAAUUGUUGCCAUUCAAGAGAUCGAUCCUACAAAUGACCAAGUUAUUCGAUCCUACCCCUUUACUACAUGGAAUAGUAGUAAUCAGUUGGACAGCCGAAUCCGUUACUUUUACCGUUCACAUUUGGUUGAUCCUGUAGACACCAACUUGCCUAUACAAACCACUAUCGUCAAGGUCACUAUUGAAGAGUUUAAUGCCACCACCAACUAUACAUUUGCAAAUCAACUGUUGCUCAUGGUACCAGGUUCUAUAAAGUACACCAUCGAAUUGGAUGGCUAUCAAUUCUCUAGUCAAGUAUCGACUCUAAGAUUAUUAAUGUCAACCACCAUUCAAUCUACAGACGGAAAUGCAUGUCUUUCAUCAGAUCAAGGUCCUUCUGGUGGAGGUGGUAGCCCAACAAUCGAUUCUAAUUGGUUUAGUUUACGUGUCAAUGAAAAGAGUAUUUUUGGUAGAUUUAUUAAAGUUGGCAUCGUUGAUAAUAGACUCAUGUCCAUCACCACAUCAUUUAUCCAACAAGAACAACAAAAUGAUAAUAUUAAUCAAUUAAUUGCUAUUAAUAUUCCAAAUUUUAAUGAUAAUGUUAUUUUAGAUCCUGAUUUCUCAUUUUUAAUUAGUAAUUCAGGUAAUGAUUGUUCUAAAAAGAAUGGAUUAUCAGUUCAACAAAUAGCAGGUAUUGUUGUUGGAAGUGUAGUGGCUGCAGUGUUGGUGACAGCAGCUGUCAUCUAUAUCCUUAAAAAGAAAUACAGUAUUAAAUUUUCGCGCAAGAGACUUGUAGUCAUUCCUUUAGAGACUAGAGCAUAA